CUCCGUUUCCCUUCUUCACUCACUCUGCUCCAUUUUAACUGAGGCAAAAAAAAAAAAAAAAGAAAGAAUCUUUUGGACGGCGUAUUUUUAUUUUCGACGGGAAUUAGAGAAUAAACCGUUAGUUAUUAAAGCGAGAAUGGUUGACGUGGACCGGAGGAUGUCCGGUCUGAAUCCGGCUCAUGCAGCAGGCUUACGCCGUCUCUCUGCUCGAGCUUCUGCUCCCUCAACUCCUGCUUCCCUUCCUGUUCGCAACGGUCUUCAGUCUUUCUCUUCUUUAGCGGAUAAAGUUAUAACCCAUUUACGAAAUUCGGGUUUCCAAGUCCAGUUGGGUUUAUCCGACGCCGAGUUCGCUAGAGCGGAAGCCGAGUUUGGUUUCGUUUUCCCACCUGACCUACAAGCGAUAUUAUCAGCCGGGUUACCCGUUGGUCCAGGUUUUCCCGAUUGGAGGUCUGCUGGAGCCCGACUCCAUCUUCGGGCUUUGCUUGAUCUUCCCAUCGCUGCAAUUUCCUUUCAGAUCGCACGGAACACCUUAUGGUCCAAAUCUUGGGGCCCGAGACCGUCCGACCCGGAAAAAGCUUUACGGGUCGCAAGGAAUGCGCUUAAAAGAGCUCCGCUUUUGAUCCCCAUUUUUAAUCACUGCUAUAUUCCCUGUAACCCGUCUUUAGCGGGUAACCCGAUUUUCUUCAUCGAUGAAACGCGGAUUUUCUGUUGCGGAUUUGAUAUAUCCGAUUUUUUCGAGAGGGAAUCUUUGUUUCGGAGCACGGAAUCCGACCCAGAAUUGCUGAAAAAGCAGAGGUCCGUUAGUGAAAAAUCAGCCGGAUCGUCCACUAAUUUCUCGAGGCGGAGUUUGGAUGCGGGUUUGAUAACCGGUUCGAGAACCCCACGAUGGGUCGAGUUCUGGAGUGACGCGGCCAUUGAUCGGCGGCGAAGAAACUCAUCGUCGACAUCUUCGAGUUCGUCACCAGAUAGGUAUUUCGAUAUGCCGAGAACCCAAAUUCCCAAAUGGGUAGAGGAAUACAUUGAGCAAAUCGGGUCGGUUCUUAGACAAGGCGGGUGGGGCGAAUCAGAUAUAGCGGAGAUCGUACACGUAUCAGCAUCUGGGUUCUUCGAAGGAGAGAUGGUUUUAUUGGACAAUCAAGCAGUUCGCGAUGCGCUUCUUUUGAAAACGGAUCGGUUUGCAGCUUCGCUCCGGAAAGCUGGGUGGAGCUCCGAAGAAGUUUCGGAUGCGCUAGGAUUUGAUUUUCGAGCGGAAAAGGGAAAGAAACCUGCCAAGAAAUUAUCCCCUGAACUCGUAGUAAAAAUUGGGAAACUUGCUGAAUCCGUCACCCGCUCAUGACACAUCGUCGAGGAUUUUUUUUUUAAUUUUAUUUUCUAAUUUGUUUGUUUUUAAAAAUUUCCAGGUAUCAGAGUUUGAAAAAAAAGUGCGUUGUACUAUGAAACAAAGCGCAGAA